UAUGACUCGCCCUCGGCCAUCGACACUCUUUCGUUCCUUACACUACUAUCUCGGUCUUUAGGAAAUUGUGAAGAGAGCUACGAUGUCUACUGCUGCAUUUUUUAUCAGACCUUCGACUCCGGAGGAUAUUCCUAUCAUCUUGUCGUUGAUCUAUGAUCUUGCUGUCUACGAGAAAGCAGCAGACCAAGCCAAGGCCACCCCAGAGCUGAUCCAAAAGAACCUCUUCGACUCCCCCGUGGCCCAUGCCCUCCUAGCAUUCAACGGCUCCCCUUCUGAACCAGGCGAACCCGUCGGCCUCGCGCUCUACUUCUUCAACUUCUCCACCUGGACUGGGAGACCAGGUUUAUACCUGGAGGAUUUAUUCGUGAAGCCCGAGACGCGCGGAAAAGGUAUCGGAAAAGCUUUCUUUGCUGAGCUUGCGAAGGUCGCUCAGGAGAAGGACUGCGCUCGCAUGGACUGGUCCGUCCUCAAGUGGAACCAGCCUUCGAUCGACUUCUACGAAAAGACCCUGUCGGCGUUCCCCAUGUCUGAGUGGGUCGGCAUGCGUCUCAAAGAGGACGGGAUCGAGAAGUUGAAGAGGUUCGCGCUGCAAUGAUGUGUGGACGCUUUCAUGGCCUGAAUGCGAGGCAAGAACUCGCGUGGUUGUAGUGUGGACGGAUGGACGUAUGGUUGGAUGCAAAAUCUUCUAUGGUCAAACGACGCAGAAUGCUGUAAGAAGGAAAGAAAGAAAGAAGUGACCUCCUAAGCAUCCUAGCACCGGACUAUAUCUGACUUGCGUACUAAGGUCUGGAAUAAUACAGACUUGCAAUAUCAACCACCUAGUUGCCCGUGGCGACAUGAGCUAACAAAUGUGGCGCCCGCUCCGUGCGGCUUCUCAUGCUGAGGUCCUUCACACUCCCGGUCUAAACGUUCGCUGCUCACACGGUGUGGAGAAAUUUCAUGAAUGGAUUGAGUAUUUG